AUGCCACAAAAGCUAUUUACAGAUGGCUUCUAUCAGACUAUGUUAAAGUCAGGCCACGUUCUGGGAGCAGCCAUGUUUAUGAUUGAAAUAGCUGGUGUGAAGCUGUUAUAUACAGGGGAUUUCUCAAGGCAGGAAGACAGACACCUGAUGGCAGCUGAGAUUCCUAAUAUUAAACCCGAUAUUCUUAUAAUUGAAUCCACAUAUGGCACUCACAUUCACGAGAAGAGGGAAGAGCGGGAGGCGAGGUUCUGCAACACCGUUCACGACAUCGUGAACAGAGGGGGCCGAGGUCUCAUCCCUGUCUUUGCCCUGGGUCGAGCUCAAGAGCUGCUCCUAAUCUUAGAUGAAUACUGGCAGAAUCACCCUGAACUCCAUGAUAUCCCCAUAUACUAUGCCUCCUCUUUGGCAAAGAAAUGUAUGGCAGUUUAUCAGACAUACGUCAAUGCCAUGAAUGACAAAAUCCGCAAGCAAAUUAACAUCAACAAUCCUUUUGUUUUCAAGCAUAUUAGUAAUCUGAAGAGUAUGGAUCACUUUGAUGACAUUGGCCCGAGUGUUGUCAUGGCUUCCCCAGGAAUGAUGCAGAGUGGCUUGUCCAGGGAGUUGUUUGAGAGCUGGUGCACAGAUAAGAGAAAUGGAGUCAUUAUUGCAGGGUACUGUGUUGAAGGAACUCUUGCUAAGCACAUCAUGUCUGAACCUGAAGAGAUCACAACUAUGUCAGGGCAAAAACUCCCACUGAAGAUGUCUGUGGAUUACAUUUCUUUCUCUGCUCACACAGAUUAUCAACAAACUAGUGAAUUUAUCCGGGCCCUGAAACCUCCACAUGUGAUUUUAGUUCACGGUGAGCAGAAUGAAAUGGCCAGAUUGAAAGCAGCAUUGAUACGGGAGUAUGAGGAUAAUGAUGAAGUUCAUAUAGAAGUUCAUAAUCCUAGGAAUACUGAAGCUGUGACGUUAAAUUUCAGAGGAGAAAAACUUGCCAAGGUGAUGGGAUCUUUAGCAGAUAAGAAACCAGAGCAAGGACAGAGAAUUUCUGGAAUCCUAGUUAAAAGAAAUUUUAACUAUCACAUCCUUUCUCCAUGUGACCUCUCCAAUUACACGGACUUGGCAAUGAGCACAGUGACACAGACACAAGCCAUUCCCUACACAGGCCCUUUCAAUCUGCUUUGUUACCAGCUGCAGAAACUCACUGGUGAUGUAGAAGAAAUAGAAAUCCAACAAAAACCAGCCCUGAAGGUUUUCAAAAAUAUUACUGUGAUCCAGGAACCAGGCAUGGUAGUCCUUGAGUGGGUGGCAAAUCCUGCUAAUGAUAUGUAUGCAGACACUGUGACAACAGUGAUACUGGAAGUUCAGUCAAAUCCCAAAAUACAGAAAGCUGCAGUAAGUAAGAUUUCAAAAAAAAUCGAUAUGGACGUGUAUAGGAAGAGAAUGGAGAUCAUGCUUCAGGAUAUGUUUGGAGAGGACUGUGUGAGUUCCAAAGAUGACUCUGUCCUGUGCAUCACAGUGGAUGGGAAGACUGCCAACAUUUCCCUGGACACUCGGACAGUUGACUGUGAGCCAGGAAGUGAAGAUGAUGAAUCCCUUCGUGAAAUGGUGGAGCUGGCAGCACAGAGGCUUUAUGAUGCCCUCAGCCCUGUAUACUGACCUCUGUAGAUACUUAGAAUGCCUAAAAAAAACAAACUUUUAAAUUGUCAAUUUAUUUGGGCUAUUUUUUAUGAGUAAAUAAAUUUUUUUCUUGAGUAAGUCAAAGGUUUCAAUUCUGUGAAUGUGAAAGUGCUGAGUUAUUUCACAUAAUGGAUCAGCAACCUUGUAACAACUAUUUGUGCAUAUAGAUGCAAUUAAAUCAGGCAAAAUGUCCAUGUGUUCUCCUCUGUGCACAUACAAGAAAUAAUUCUUAACCUGAUACAGGAUGACAAA